GAAAAAAAAAAAGGCGGGGGAGGGAGGGUGGAGAAACCCGGGGCGUGUGGAGGAAAUUGGGCCGCGGCUGUGUGUUUGGAAUUGGCGACGUUGCCGCAGAGUCGAGGUGAUGGCUUCCGAGGAUAUCUCUCAGCUGGCAGACUCGCUGGCAAAAACUCAAGUGGGCGGUGGGGAACUGAGCUUCAAGGGCUGGGGCAAGAAGCUGAACACAGCAGAGGCUGCUGCUGAAAUCAUCAAGCAGAUUGAGGAAUUUGAGGGCCUGCAGGCCCUGCGACUGGAAGGCAAUACCAUCGGGGUGGAGGCUGCCCAAGCGAUUGCCAAAUGCCUGGCCAACAAAAAAGAUUUAGAGAACUGCCAUUGGAGUGACAUGUUCACAGGAAGACUGAGAUCCGAGAUUCCCCCAGCGCUGAUCUCUCUCGGCGAUGCUGUGAAGAAUGCUGGGGCCCAGCUGAAACUGCUGGACCUCAGCGACAAUGCCUUUGGGCCUGACGGAGUCAGUAGUUUUGAAACCUUAUUGAAGAGCCAGGCGUGUUACUCACUGCGAGAGCUCCGACUGAAUAACUGCGGCAUGGGAACUGGCGGUGGCAAGAUUCUGGCUGCAGCUCUGAGCGAGUGCCACAGUAAGUCGAGGGCUUUGGGGAGGCCACUGGCCCUGAAAGUCUUUAUAGCUGGCAGGAAUCGUCUGGAGAACGAGGGCGCCAUCGCACUGGCUGAUGCUUUCAAGUCAAUAGGAACCCUGGAGGAGGUCCAUAUGCCACAGAAUGGAAUCAACCAUGAGGGCAUCACCGCCCUCGCCAAGGCUUUCACCGACAACCGUCGCUUGAGAGUCAUUAACCUGAAUGACAACACCUUCUCGGAGGAAGGAGCCAUCGCCAUGGCUGAGACUCUGAGGACUCUCCAGAACAUUGAAUACAUCAAUUUCGGAGAUUGCCUGGUGCGAUCCAAAGGAGCACAAGCCAUCGCUGAGGCGGUGGAGUCUGGAUUGUGUAAACUCAAGGAGCUGAACCUUUCCUUUGGGGAGAUCAAGAAAGACGCAGCCAUUGCAGUGGCUGAAGCUGUGAAGCACAAAUCCCUGUUGGAAAAAAUUGAUCUAAAUGGCAACUGUUUAGGAGAAGAGGGUCGUGUCCAUUUGAGAAAAAUCUUUGAUGGCCAAAACAAAAGCGAUGCAUUGGGCACUCUCAGUGACGACGAGAGUGAUGACGAGGACGACGAGGAGAAUGAGGACGAGGAAGAUAUCGAUGAUGACGAAGAGGAGGUGGAGGAGGAGGAGGAGGAGGAGGAGAACGAAGAUGAGGAGGAUGAGGCGGAGGAGGAGGAAGACAGGGGGACAGAGAAGGAAUCUCCUGUGGAUGAACCACAACACAUAGUUAAACCCACUGUGAUAACAAUCCCUGUGAACCCGCAGUUGGACGCCUCCAUAUUCAUGGCUUCUCCAUCAGCAGAUAAACUGCGCAACCUGGGACCCAAGGGGAUACAGCUCAUAGUACAGCAGGUCUCGUCUGUGGAUGUGUCGAAGGCAGAGAAAGUGGCCCGAAUUUUUCUGCAGCUCACCUCAAUCUCCAAGGACAAGGAAAUGAAGCCAGCAGUGCUUACAAUUAUAGACGCGCUAUUACAGAAAGCCUUCAACUCCUCGGACUUUCAGCACGAUAUCUUCAUCACCGCCCUCCUGGUGUACAUGGGCCUUCUGAAGAGUGAAGAGAAGAUUAAAGCGAUUGGUAAUCUCAUGGAGCCCCUGAUGGUUCUUAACCACGUGGUUCAACAGACGUAUUUCCCUCGCAACCUGUUCCCUAUUCUCUUAGCAUUCCUCGAAAAGCCUAGCCACGUGUUUGAGAACUGCAUCUCAGCCCAGCGCUGCCUACUCCAGACUAUUCAAGAGCUUUAGCAACCGCUUCGGGACACGGGAGGAGCUGAGACGAGCAGGGGACAUUGUGCUAGAGCAUCUAGGACGCUCGCUGAUGCGGAGGAGGCUUGCGCCCCCUGCAGAGCCAACUGAGCAGCGCUGGAAUUUACGAUCGCUUUCUCUCUCGCCGACCGGUAGCUGUGGGUUGAAAUCUUUUUGCUUCUCGCCCGGAGGAAAACUUUUUUUUUUUUUUUAAACCGGAAAACGAUCCCCUGGCGUUUGGGAGACACCAGAGAUCGAUCGCUGAAAGACAUUUUUUUUUUCUUCUUCUUCUUCUUCUUCCCUUCUCUCUCUUCACCGCUUCGGGAGGGGAGAUGGGGCAACCGAUAUUUAAGCCAAAUAUUCAGGGAUCGUUGAUAAAGGAAUUCUAGGCAUUGUUGAUUGCUGAAUCGCCUUGUCUCUUUAGCCCAGGUUGUGUUUUUUUUGCAAAGGGUGGAUUCCGUGGGGUGGGUGGGGGAGUGGGAGGGGGAGGGACAUUCCAGAACUUUGCUACAGGACCCUGUGGUACAUUUUGACUCUAUCGGACUCUUUCCUUUUUUUAAAAAAAAAAUACACGGACAUGUUUCACUC